AUGUACCUCACGCUAUACCACCUUGUUGCCCGCCUCCCUGACUCCCUUUGCACUGUCAGGGACCAGUUUCUCGCCCUCUCCCCCACUGACCUCACUUUCGACCUCCUCGAGAAGGAACUCCUCGCAGUUGAGAAGAGCAUUGUAGCUGUAGGUGCCUCUCGUGGUGACCCCCGCACCCCCUUCAUUGAGGGGUGCUCCCCCUCCCCCCUCCUCCCCUCCAUUGCAUCUGCUGCUGCUGUCGACUACCUCGGAGCUGAGGGAAUCGGGGCCGCGUCUACUCCUAGUGGGAGGCGCAAGGGCGGCAGGGGCAAGGGGGGCAGGGGUGGUGGAGGUGGAGGCGGGGGCGGCGGCGGUGGAGGGGGUGGGGGGGGCGGGGGUGGUGGCGGUAGUGGGAGUGGCGCGGGUGGUGGGGGGGUCAGUGGCGGCACAGGGGGUGGUGGCGGCGGCGACGGUGGUGGGGGUGGUGGGGGCGGUGGUGGCAGUGGUGGUGGCGGUGGAGCGGGUGGCGGGCGCGGUGGAGCGGUGCAGCGUGGGGGGUUCGGCGGUGGCCAGAGGCAGCAGCAGCAGCGUCCCGGCGAGACUCCCUCGCCCCAGCAGCUCCGUGAGUGGUACUCUCAGCGUGGGGGGUCUGGGGGUGGGGGUACCUGCCCAUACGUCAUCCGCACAGGUGACCGCGCUGGCCAGACUUGUGGGAGGUCCCACACGGCGCAGCGCUGUUUCUUUCGCCUCGACGACGCCUGGCGCGAGCAGUUCCCUGACGCCUCUGAGCUGCCUCGCUGGGCUGAUCUGCUUAGGAAGGGGAUUGAUGUCUUUGCUCUUGAUUAUGAUGCUAUCCUUGCUGCCAUGUAUGCAUUGACUAUUAGUGCUGAGGGUGACUGUUACCUGAGUGUACCACCCGACCCAGGUAUUGGUACUGGUAAGGCUGCUGCGCUAGGUGCUCGUGCGUCUGCGUCUGCUGGUACUGGGUCUACUGCGGCACUGCACACCUUCACACUGGACUCAGGUGCUUCACGCUGUUUCUUUCGUGACCGCACUGUCCUUGAGCCGCUAGCUCGGCCUGUUGCUGUCUCCCUUGCUGACCCCUCUGGGGGCCCGGUCGUUGCGACCUCCUCCACUGUCCUCCCUUGUCCUGCGGCCCCGUCUGGCACUCUGUCGGGUCUCUACCUCCCCUCGUUCUCUACGAACUUGGUGGCGGGCUCUGCUCUCCAGGACGGGGGUGUUCACCAGUUCACCCCUGCCUAUGAGCGGGUGACCCACUGCACGUGUGCUCGGACGGGUCGCCACCUGGCUACCUUCACUCGGCAGCCGGGGUCCGACCUGUACACACUGACCACUGAGUCCCCUUAG